AUGCAAUCCGACGAAUGUGCCACCUCCAUGGAACUUGAAAAAGUUCCAUCUGAAUCAAACCGUGUAUCUUUUGCUUCAAAACCAAAUUGUGCACCCUUGAAGGCUCACAAGAUAUUCGACGGUCAAGUUCCAUUCAGGAAAGUCUCUGUACCACUGCAUCGAUAUACGCCUCUCAAGAAAGCGUGGUUGGAAAUUUACACUCCUAUAUACGAGCAGAUGAAAAUCGACAUUCGUGUGAAUCUCAAGGCUCGCAAGGUUGAAUUGAAGACCAGAUCAGACACACCCGACAUCAGUAACCUCCAAAAUGUGCUGAUUUUGUGCACGCUUUCAUGCUUGGAUUCGACGUGA